UUGUUCCGAAUCAAUCAAAAAAACGAGGAAGACGGACAGACAAAAGUAGCGCAUCUGAAUCAGGAAAUCUAUUUACAUAAAUACCGCAUCUUCCAGCACAACAGACCAAGCCGUAACGUUUAACGCGUAAAUAUUCCGUUAACUUAGAUAUUUGCAUUUAAAGUAGACAGGGAAAGUUUUACUCAGGAUUUUGUACUAUGCCACGCAAGAAGGUGACAGAUGUGUCUGGGAACGGUGGAAUGAAGAGAAAAAGAGGUGGAGGAAAGAAAAAGGACAGGGAGUUUAGCAGUGACGACGAGUUUGAUGACUUUGAACAGGAAAACACAAAGAAAUCUGGGAAACCAGCAGCUAAAGCCGGUCAGCAGCCGGUCACUGUGGCUGAUGAUGUGAAGGAGAAGAUUAAACUCGAGGUUCCCAAAGUCAAAGGUCAGUUGCUCAUUUUUGGAGCCACCAACUGGGACCUGAUUGGCAGAAAAGAAGUGCCAAAACAGCAAGCUGCUUACAGGAACCUUGGGCAGAAUCUGUGGGGGCCCCAUCGCUAUGGAUUUCUCAAUGAUGUCCAGGUUAGCUGUGUGGUGUCUGGACCCUGUGCAUCCCACAGUCUCAUCAUCACCACAGAGGGCAAACUCUGGAGCUGGGGUCGUAAUGAAAAAGGGCAGUUGGGUCAUGGAGACACUAAACGAUUGGAGGCUCCAAAGCUAGUUGAAGGCCUGGGGGAGGAGGUUAUUGUAGCAGCUGCUUGUGGUAGAAACCACACCAUGGCUUUAACAGAAAAUGGUAUUGUCUACUCCUUUGGAGAAAACAAACUGGGGCAGCUGGGUCAGGGGAAUCAGACAGAUGCUGUGCUCAGCCCAGCUACAAUCCAGUACAACGGGCAGCCGAUAGUCAAAGUGGCCUGUGGUGCAGAGUUCACUAUGAUUGUGGAUUGCAAGGGGAACAUUUAUUCUUUUGGUUGCCCAGAAUACGGCCAGCUAGGGCAUAACUCAGACGGAAAGUUCAUCGCUCGUGCCCAGCGCAUUGAGUUUGACUGUGAGCUGAUCCCUAGACGGGUGGCCAUUUUCAUUGAGAAGACCAAGGAUGGCCAGGUGCUUCCUGUGCCCAACGUUGUGGCUCGGGAUGUAGCAUGUGGGGCCAAUCAUACGCUGGUGCUGGAUUCCCAAAAGCGUGUGUUUUCGUGGGGAUUUGGGGGAUACGGACGACUAGGCCACACAGAGCAGAAAGAUGAAAUGGUCCCACGGUUAGUCAAGCUCUUUGACUUCCCUGGCCGUGGAGCAACUCAAAUAUACUGUGGCUACCAGUGUUCUUUUGCUGUUAAUGAAACAGGUGGUCUGUUUUUCUGGGGAGUGACAAACACGUCUCGUGAGUCCACCAUGUACCCCAAAGCUGUGCAGGAUCUGUGCGGAUGGAAAAUUCGCAGUCUGGCCUGUGGGAAGAGCAGUAUUAUCAUAGCAGCUGAUGAUAGCACCAUUAGCUGGGGACCAUCGCCCACAUUUGGAGAGCUGGGCUACGGGGACAAUAAACCCAAGUCAUCCACCACUGCUCAAGAGGUUAAAACUCUGGAGGGUGUGUACUCCGAACAGGUGGUCAUGGGCUAUUCGCACUCCCUGGUUAUUGCUCGGCAAGACACUGAGCAGGAGAAGGAAAAGCUCAAGAAGCUUCCCGAAUACAACCCGCGCACUCUCUGAUUGGACACCAUUCAGAUUUUCUCUAGGGGCUUUUUUUAACAGAAUGCCUCUGUUCACUAGGUCACCUGUGUAAUCACAGUUUGGUUGGGAUGGGAUUAUUAAUUUUUCUUUAUUUUUGGACCUCAUAUUACAUCUUUGAUAAACAAGCCACAUGUUGGAUAAAAGUAUUAAAGAAGUUGCAUUAACUGAGCUGUCCAGGCUCGGGCGUUUGAGAAUGGUUAUUGUGGCAUCACACACCUAAUAUAAUUCCACAAUAGAGCCAGCAACUACUCGGAGCACUCGGAUUCCACUGGAUCCAUCCCCUUUACUUCUACAUUCCUUAUGGAAGUAUAUCACAGAUUGUUUUGUUGAUUGUUUUUCCGUAACGAUGACUGGGGGAUCCAAGUCUGCUCUCUUCCAAAAACUGGUGCUAAAUCAUUCUAAGGCAGACUAUCAGUGGGCUAAGGGUUAACUGAAAGAUAAACUCGCUCUAUUCUUGUGCCUUUUUAAGUGAGAUGUUUCAGGCUGAGGAUGUUCAGUUAGUCCUAUGACAACUCAAGUGUUAUGGGGCACUUCAUCUUUUAAACAUCAUUGUCAUUACUUCCAACUCCAUGUUAUCAUCACCAUACAUAAGAACAUACUUUUCCUCGAAUCAAAAGAAUACAUUGUUAAUAUGUAAGGUUUUUUUCCUGUCCAUUUUUAGGAUACAGACUUUUGUUAAUCAGAUCAGGGAAGUGUUGUCAACUCCUACAAUGCAAAUGAGACAUCAGCUGUGAGAUUUUUAUUAAAAUCAAUUCUCCCUUUUUUAGAAAUGUAAAUCAUUUAAUGUUCCUGCCCUUGCUAGUACUGUAAACUACAGAAAUGCUGUUCUCGUGUUGAUGUUAGCAUGUUUUGGAAAAGAUGGGCUUGAUGUUGAGAAGAGUGUCUUUACAGAGCAUCAUUUCAUGCAAUAUGUUGAAUACUGUGCCAUUUCUUUGUGUUCACCUGGGCUUGAACUGUGAUUACAUUUGUUUCAUAAUCUGUUUGUCAGUCCAUUCAAGAAUCCAUCCAGUUUGUGGGCUAGCACAAGCUUGUAAUCUGUUCAUUUGUUAAAGCAGUAUAUGUCCAGAAACUGGAAUUCCUACUUCUAUUCUGAAUUCUGAAAUGUUAUUUUUUUUCUUCUUAAUAUUAAAUAAAGGUUCACAUAAGUUGGUA